AUGAGAGAUGCCACGAUUGAUGUGGCCAAUUUAUUCAAGGACGUGGAAGUCAAAGUGCCACUCCUAACGGCAUUGAAGAUGCCCCCUAUCAGUAAAUUUGUCAAAGACUACCUGGCAGGAAAGGUCACUGAAGAAGGAAGGAUGGUUAUAGAGGAGAAUGUCUUUGCAGUGAUCCAGCGGAGUGACCUUCCAUCAAAGAAGACCGACCCAGGGAUGUUCACACUCCCAAUCUCAAUUGGAGACAUUCACGUGGAGCACGCAAUGUGCGAUCUAGGGGCUUCUAUCAAUGUACUGCCAUAUUCUAUAUACAAGAAGCUGGGAGAGGCUAAGCUAGCCGACACCGACAUCAUGAUACAGCUAGCCGACAGGUCUUGCAUUCACCCCGAGGGAAUUCUUGAAGAUGUGAUAGUAAAGGUGAACUAUUUCCUGUACCCAGCAGACUUCUUCGUCAUCAAAAUGACAGAGCCAGCAGCGAAGGAGUCUAGUGGAGUCCUAUUGGGAAGACCGUUCCUGUCUACAGCCAGCACAAUAAUCGACGUCCGCAAUGGGACGAUCAGUCUGGACUUCAAUAGAGAACAAUUCACUUUCAACAUCGACGAAGCAAUGAAAAGGCCGAGAGACAGUGAGAACGUGCACUCGGUGGACAUAACCGAGCCUCUGGUGCAAGAGUAUCUAGAAGAGGAGUUCCUACAGAGACAAUUCACAGACUUCGCAGCAGACGAAGAGAUUGAGAAAGAAGUCGCUGACUGGUACGAGGCUAUGAAAGUUGGCGAGAUGGAUUAUCAUGCCAUCAUGAAAGCAGUAUUGGACUUCUGCGAGAGACCGCGGCCAGCUGGGUCAAGCGGGAUCGCUCAACUGUCAAGCAUCGAGAAACUGCCUGAUCAAAGCACUCCACUGAGAAGAGAAGCAGACGAGAAUCCUCUGCCGACUGAAGUACCCACGCCCGCGAAUGAAUUGAAGCCGCUUCCAGCGCAUUUGAACUACGCCUACCUGGGAGAGAAUGAAACGUUGCCAGUAAUCAUCAACAAACAGUUGACCCUGAGGCAAGAAGAGCAAUUGCUGGAGGUGCUGAGGCGCAAUCAGAAGGCAAUCGGGUGGAAAUUGACGCACUUGGUGGGAAUUAGCCCAGAUCUAUGCAUGCACCACUUCCGGUUAGAGGAAGGAGCAAAGCCCCACCGUGAUCAGCAGCGCAAACUCAACCCCAAUAGGGGGAGGAAGUGCUCAAGAAGAUAG